UUAGAAGAGUUUCAAACUUGCCAGGUCAGAUUCUCCUUUGCUCUUAAUUUUUUACGACAAGGCGCCUCAUUUUCUCUAAACGAGGAUUAUUGCUCGUUGCUCAAGCAAUGUUUCGUUCGAUAUACUUCGGGACAAUUGGUAAGGACGAAACAGAGAAACUGCUAGAAAUAUAUGGAAGAGAUGGAAGUUUUCUAGCCCGAGACAGCGAAAGCGUGCGUGGAGCUUUUUGUCUCUGUGUGCGGAAGGGCAACUUCGUCCAUACAUACAGGAUUUAUAAAUCUGCAGGGAAAUGGGCUGUUAAGACACCUCCCACAGUGAAGCCAGAAUUUUUUGAGAGCUUGGACCAACUCAUUGACUGUUACAGAAGAGUCACCCCAGACAAUAUGGUUCCCUUGCUUUAUCCUUUGGAAAAAACAGUACUUUACGACAGAAACCAACAGAAAGAUUUUACAUACAUGGAAAUAAGGUAGGCAGAUGAGUCUACCCAUGAUGGCUGGAUUCAUCUGCACGUUUUUAACCAGAGAUCCCUUCGUCUGGACCGUGCAGUAUUCCUGCAACGUACAGUUCUCCUUGGCCUUCUUUUUUGUCCUUUUCCUGUUUAAGACUCAAACUGCAGAGGAUGAAUACGUUUUGCUCCACUGGACAUUUGGAACUGGCAGGUUAUCAAGUAAAGCAAAGACGAGUAGAGAUUUUAGUUCUCUCCUUUAUAAAAUUCUGUAACGUACAGUAGAGUUUGUGCAUUUUGCAGCAAACACCAAAGUCAGCUCCUGUGGGGAUAAAACAUGCAUCCUAUGAUCUCAUUUUACUCUUCAUUUUUAAUUUUCUUCUCAGUUCCAAAGUACUGUAAAUGUACAUGAAAAUGGACUAUCUCCUUGUUUUUAUACAAUCAUUUUUAAGCGCAGAGUACGCAAGAAAAUUCCUGCUGCGGAAUUUGAGUGGAUCCUUCCCGUCUGUAUGCCUUGUUCCUUUGUCACAUUUCUCUGUUGGCCGUUUUUCUUGCAGACAUGCCACUUUGGUCAGCAUUGCUGCCUCGCAGUGCUGAGUCCCUGGCUUAGAUUCUGGACCUGGGUCGCUACCGGCAUGGAGUUUGUAUGUUUUCCCCAUGUUCACGUAGGUUUCCUCUGGGUGCUUCGGUUUCCUCUCACAAGCCAAAAACAUAUUGUCAGGGUAACUGGCUUCUGGGAAAACUGGCCAUAGGUUUGAGUGUGAGCGUUUCUGCCUGCCCUGUGAUGGCUUGGCAGCCCAUCUAGCGUGUAUCCUGAUUCGUGCCCUUUAGUUUGCUGGGAUAGGCACCAGCUCUCCUGUGACCCUGAAUCAAUGGGUGAACUCCAUAUUCAGCUUCAUGUUAGUAAACUUUUAUUCAUACCUUGCUUAGACAUUUCAUUCUAGUGCUUUGAGCUAUUUUCAAGAGUCUAGAUCAUCUGGUGUGAGUACCAUUUAUUACGGUACUUCCUUUUAGUGUUCUCUUGUGUUUCAUAAUAUACACUCUUAUCAAAUUAUAAAGGCCUAACAUUUCCAGAGGUCAUAAUUGGAGCAGCAAAGCUCAUUUAUUCCCAUUUGUGAGCUAUUUUAAUGUAUUAACUGUUCCUAGUAGUUGAUAGACCAUCAUGCUUUUGAGAUAAUGGGACCAGUUAUUAUACCACUUUUGCUCAAUUAUUUCAUGAAGUUUGAAAAAAAGACAUUGCUUAGAAAUUGUUUCCAAGAAAACAAAUGGCAUCUACAAAAUUGCAAAGUGCCAUUUAAAAAAACACACAUUUUAUCUGUGAAUUUGCUUUGAGAUUCUAAUCUUGUCUUAAUGGCUUUAGUGUGGGAAACCAAAGCAAUCCUCACUGUAUCACAUCGCACAGCCCCCCCCCACAGGCCUCCUUGUACAUUGCAACUGAGGGCAUGGAAAUGACUCGGUCAGUUUAGUUGUUUUUAUUUUGGAUUUCAGUAAAAUCAAUUCAUUCAUUUUCUUACUUAGGACUUUAACUGAGGGGUUGAAAUGAAAAAUAUGAAGAGAAAAUUACAGGGCAUGCGUGGGAGUUUGGGGGUGGGCACUGAGAAUAUGAGCGCCUUACGAAGUAUGAAGUAUUUUCUAUUUUACAGAUCAUUUUGGUUUAUCUAACUGGAAAAUGGAAAAAAAAAGUACAAUAGUAUAUGCGUGUUGGAAAUAACAUUUGAUUCUGUAACAGCUGAAAGAAGUAUUAAAUGUACAACAAUGAAAACAAAAUGGGAAAAUGGAAUAAAGACAAGGCACGUUGUAACAGUGAUAAUUCAGUCCUAAUAUGGGAAAGGGACUAAUUUGUUUAAGGCCUGUGAUGUUGCUGCUAUGUUUCAGGAUUAGUUAAACAACAAAUUUCAUUGUGAAGAAAAUGCUCAUAUUCAUGUAGAGUAGGUGCUUCCUGCUGGAGGGCAAGGAUACAAGGACUCGUCUGAAGAAGACUGUGAGAAAUACGUUGAGUGUAUACUAAAGCGGAAAGCUGAAAUCUCAGACUCUAGAACUUAAAAAAGUGGAAUCCUGCUGCGGAUGUGCUGCUUGGCUUAAAUUCUGCCCUCUUUCCUUGCCAUGUUGUACUUUGCAUGAAGGGGGCCGAUGCAGGUGGCUCCUUUUCCUUUUUGCCUGAGUGGGUUACUGAAAGCACACUGGGCUGGGUCAUUACGGCAGCCGGAGAGCUGAUGUCUUUGCGCGAGUGCACAACAACGGGUGUUAAAGUCUGUCUGGGAGUUCUAGCUACUGUAGAUCCACAGUCAGCUUGCAAGCUUCCAUUCUGGCUCAUAAGUACUGUAAAUACUGUAGCAGGUUGUGCUACUUGCUAAAAAUAAAACAUUGCAAUCCUA